UAUGUGGAAAUGGCGUCUGAAUUCUUUCCUCUGAUAGGGCUGACUGUACAUAUAGAAAGGCUCGACUUUCCAUUUCGAAUCUAUUAUCGGAUCUUCCGCCGAAAGUUUGCAGUUCAUAAAGCCUCUUCUGUUCUUUUUCGAAUCUUUCGGCGAAAGUUUUGGCAUUUCUCUGUGAUUGCUCGGAUUUAAACCCUCCCCAAUCGAAAUCGUGAGAAAUGGCUAUGGCGAGUUUGUAUCGGCGUUCUCUUCCUUCGCCUCCGGCGAUAGACUUCGCUUCUGCCGAGGGCAAGCAAAUCUUCAAUGAGGCGCUUCAGAAAGGCACUAUGGAAGGCUUUUUCAGGUUGAUCUCCUAUUUUCAGACGCAGUCGGAGCCUGCUUAUUGUGGCUUGGCCAGCCUCUCAAUGGUUCUGAAUGCUCUUUCUAUUGACCCUGGCCGAAAGUGGAAAGGGCCUUGGAGGUGGUUUGAUGAAUCUAUGCUGGACUGCUGCGAGCCACUGGAAAUAGUUAGGGACAAGGGCAUUACAUUUGGAAAGGUUGUCUGUUUGGCUCAUUGUUCAGGGGCAAAAGUUGAAGCUUUCCGCACAAGUCAAUGCACCAUCGGAGAUUUCCGUAACUACGUGAUAAAAUGCUCAACUUCUGACAAUUGCCAUAUCAUUUCAUCGUACAACAGAGGGGUAUUUAAGCAGACUGGCACUGGUCAUUUUUCACCUAUCGGUGGCUAUAAUGCUGAAAGGGAUAUGGCUUUGAUUCUUGACGUCGCUCGUUUCAAGUAUCCUCCUCACUGGGUUCCGCUUAAACUUCUUUGGGAAGCCAUGGACAGCCUUGAUCAGUCAACAGGACACCGCAGAGGGUUCAUGCUUAUAUCUAGGCCUCACAGAGAACCGGGAUUGCUUUAUACUCUGAGCUGUAAGGAUGAAAGCUGGCUCAGCAUAGCAAAGUAUUUGUCAGAAGAUGUUCCGCGUCUUGUAAGCUCGCAGCACGUGAAUACUGUUGAGAAAAUCCUUUCUGUUGUCUUCAAGUCACUUCCAUCAAAUUUCAACCAAUUCAUCAGAUGGGUGGCUGAGCUUCGGAGGAAGGAGGAUGUAAACCAAAAUCUUAGUGCAGAAGAGAAAUCAAGGCUUAACUUAAAGCAAGAGGUACUGAAACAAGUACAUGAAUGUGAACUAUUCAAGCAUGUGAACAAGUUCUUACCAUCUGUGGGUUACGAAGACAAUCUGCCAUACGUCGCUGCGAAGGUCUGUUGCCAAGGAGCUGAAGUUUUAUCUGGCAACAUGUCAAAGGAGUUUUGUUGUCGAGAAACGUGCGUGAAAUGCAUCAAAGGUAAGGGAGAGGAGGCUGUCACGGUGGUGUCAGGGGUCGUGGUCAAUGACGGGAGCGAACAACAGGUUGACCUUCUGGUGCCAUCGACACAAGCCGAUCCAACAUGCUGUGACUGUGGUCCAGAGUCGGUGUACCCAGCUGGAAACGAUGUGUUCACGGUGCUUCUGAUGGCUUUGCCUCCGCAGACAUGGUCUGGCAUCAAAGAGCAAACCCUUGUGUCCGAAAUGAAACAGCUCGUUUCAAUGGUUAGCCUCCCCACAUUGCUUCAAGAAGAGGUGUUGCAUCUGCGUCGACAGCUUCAGCUGCUGAAGCGUUGUGGAGAGAACAAGGAGGAGGAUGACCUCGCAGCUCCUGUCUAUUAAAACCCCCACCCUCCCCCUCCCAUCUGGUGAUUGAUACCCAACCUUAUUGUUUUCUUUUCUCAUUGUGGAGAGAGAUUUAUCCUCCCUCCCUCUCUCUCUCUAUAUAUAUGCUUUCAUAUGGUGGUUUAUGUAAAACUUAGGCAAACAAUUCUCGAGAAAUAAAAUAAAUUAAAGGUUUUUUUUUCUUUCUAAA